CGGAAGUGAACGCCUGUUCCCACGUGCCAACGCGCCUAUGCGCUCAGACCACCAUGCACAAUAACGUCAACCCAAACAUUCAAACACCCUCUCCCAACGAUCAUUCUACCCCGCCAACACCCCACGGGAACGUCUCGAGAUCACCACUAUUCUGAAUACCCGUCAACCCACAAGAAAUCGGUCCCAACACCCAGAGAGUCAAGACAAGAGAGACGAUGGCGCAAACACUCUACCCGCGCGCCACAGUAAAGAAGAUAGUAAAAGCGCAUUCGAACCGCGCAUUGAGCAAAAAUGUGGAUAUCCUUAUAUAUCUCAACUAUGCGCUGUUUAUGCAAGAACUCCUUAAUGAAGCGGCUAUCCAGUCCAAACAAGCCGGCGAGCGCGGUGUUACGGCCCGCAGUAUAAGGAGGGUGAGCGAGCGGACGUUGAGGAAGUACAAGGGCUGAGGGCGAAACCAAUGGCGCGCGCUAUAGAGGGUCGUCCUGAUAGUAUAUUGAGGACGAAGGGGUGAUUUUUAUGUUCUGGGAAUAGCCGUUUUUGCAGGCAGGCGGAGUUUGGGCAGACGGUGCCUUGUUAUGCUAUGUUAUGAUACCCCCGGUUGUGCGUUGG